AUGUUGUGUUCGCACGUCUUCUCGAGUCAGCAUAUGUUAAGUGUUGGCGAGAUGAACAGCGGCGUUGCACAUGUGAAGCGUGAACCUGUAGCGGAUGCUCGCGACACUGAUAAUGCCUGGGUGGAAAAUGAUGUAUGGGCGGUGUUUCUGGGGUCACGAGUCCCAGAAGCAUCUGUGCUAUCGCAUAACCUAAGCUGGAUACACUGGGAUAGCGACAUUUUAGCCAUGCAGGACAGAGAAUAUGUCAGCACAUCAUUUUCAUUUCUCGACAGUGCUGAGCAGUAG